GUAACUGCCUAUUAAGCCAAUCAUACUUCAUUAAUAUAGAGUUCAAAUAAAAUAUAAUUUAAAUUAAUCAUCAAAAUGUAUAAAAUUUUACUAUGAAUUGUUUUUAAUUAUUGGGAUUCACGAUAUUAUAUUUUAUUAUAGUUUUUUUUAACUAGUCAUUUGGUAUGUUCGAAAAAAAUAAUUUUCAUCCAUCAAUUUAAGUAAAAAAAUAUAUUUUCAUUGGUUUACGUCAUGGCAGCUCGAGAUGGACAAGAUUAUGAAUCCACUGAUGGUCAUUUUUCUGAUGUAGUCCUAACUAUAAGAAUGUUAAUGGGAAAAGAAAUCCUUCCUUUAAUUGGAGAAUAUGGAGAAAUUGUUCGGGAUCUUAGAAACCAGUCGGGAGCAUCAAUAUCAAUUACUGAUAGUUCAACACCAGAAAGAAUUGUUACUGUCACUGGCAAUAUAAUUAUUAUUCAAAAGGCUUUUAAAUUAAUUUCCAGUAUUUUAGAACAGAACUGCCUUGUUCAUCCUCAAAAUAACCGUAAAGUACCUAAUAAUACAACAUUAAUAAAGCUUAUUGUUCCUGCAUCUCAAUGUGGAUCAUUGAUUGGUAAAGGAGGUGUUAAAAUAAGAGAAAUUAGAGAAGCAAGUGGAGCUAUGGUAAAUGUAGCAUCUGAUUUAUUGCCUAAUUCAACUGAAAGAACAGUAAGCAUCAGUGGAACAGCUGAGGCUAUCACUGAAGCUAUUCAUCAAAUAUGUGUUGUUAUGUUAGAGACACCAGGUAGAGGACCUACUGUAGCUUACAGGCCUAUUGCAACCCAACCAGGGCCUGUUGUUUUAUGUGGUGGUCAAGCUUAUACUCUUCAAGGAUCCCUUGCUAUUCCUGCUGUAGGAGAUCAAUCUGCAACUACCUCAGCAUUAAAUACAAUAGCAAGCAUAGCACCUAAUUUAAUUGCUGGCUCUGGACUAGAUCCAUCAGUACUUGCUGCUCUAGCUGGAAGUCAAUUACGUGGAGGUUGUGGUGUUAGCUCUAAAAAUACUCAACAACACAUCACCCAUGAAAUGGCUAUCCCAAAUGACAUAAUUGGUUGUAUUAUUGGUAAAGGCGGAACAAAAAUUGCUGAAAUAAGGCGAAUAAGUGGUGCAAUGAUAAGAAUAUCAAAUACUGAAGAACAUGAAGCAUCUGGUAAAAUGGAAAGAGCUAUUACAAUUAGUGGUCAAACUGAUGCUGUUAAUGUUGCUAAGACUUUAAUUAAUUUAAGUGUUGAUCAAUAUAAUAAAUCAUCUGGAGGUGAAGCACCUGAUUAUGACGAAGAAUGCCCAACUAAUAACACAACAGAUAUGAAAUCAACUUCUGAAACAUUAGCAUCACUAUUAACUAACCCCAAUGGAAUUAGUGCUUUAGGAGCAUUAACUGGACUUAAAGAAUUAUUGGGAAAUAUUAACAGCAAAAAACAAUUAAGCAAGAAACGAGAAAAAACUGAUAAUAAAUUUACUCCUUAUUAAUUUAAUAAGCUUUAUUUUUUAUUUUGAGGCCAAAAUAUAUUAUAUAAUUUUGCUUCCAAAA